AUGAAGCACCAAGAUGACAAGAAUGGCAACUGUGGCAUUUUGACCAGUACUGGAGUGAAUAGUGUCAGGGACGUGAAUGCGACCGAAUUGCGCCUUGAGCGGCAGCCUCAACUCGCAUAUCAUCCUCUGCUAAUUCCUCCUCUGGCAACCGUGUGCGGUCGUGCCCUCGGAUAUGCGCUGCAUGAGUUGGGGACGAUGGUGCCGCCGGCGGUGUUCACCGGUCAGGGCACGCAGUGGGCGCAAACGGGCACCGAUCUUUCUGCGUACUCUAUCUUCCGUCGCCGGUUGGAGGAGGCGGAGGAGGAGUAUCUAUCUUGGAGGAUCCGGCCAUCGGACGACCUAAAUGCGCCACUCCCGAAUGACCCUGUAGAGGUCGCAGUCUCCCUCAGCAAGGAAACGGGUGAUCUCUUUGAGGAAGUAGGAAGAGAAAAUGACGGGCUUUCCGCGGAGGCCAAUGCACUGUCGAAGAAGCUUCUAGAUGUCCACAAAUAUCUCAGUCGGGUUAAAAGACACACAGACCCAGACCCUAGAAUUCGGGAUCGAGCGCUAGAUCUUCUUCAAGAACUGAUGCUCAUUGAUAAGUGGCCGGCCUGGCCCGAGGUAGCGGAGCGGGCAGAUGAAAGCCUACGCAGGAUUGUGGAGGGUUUCAACUCUCACCCGCAGAGCGAUCAAAAAGCAAGGUUCACCGAGGUUCUGAGGACAGGGCCGACGUUCCUUGUUUUGAGUCCCAUCAUUACCGCGCGUUUGAUCAUGGAGCUCGACCAGUCCACGACACUUUCGGAUGAGAUAGCAAUUCUGAUGAGCGAUCGUGGGGAGUCGCAAGAAGACGGGAUUUCACGGGAUACAGCCAUCACACGCAUUCUGUCAGCCCUCUGGGAUCUUUCAGGAUGCGAGGGUUGUGAGAGGUCCCCGACUGAGCAGAAGGGGCACGUUGGCAGGCUAUACCUGGGCAGGCCCGAGCGAACAGACGGUGCGAAGAGCAUGUUGGAUGUGCUCAUCUCUCCGCCUUCAUUGCAGUAUUGGCAGGAGUUUGGGUGUACCACGACCCAGGAAGAGAUUACCUCGGCCGGAAAGGCUCCCCCUGCGAAGAUGGACGGGACCAACUUGUGUACGAAGCUGGGUGAAGAGAAUCACGCUCGCCUGCUCUUGCAGCUCGAAGACGGCGGAUUCUCCACGUACGACUAUGCCUGCGCAUUGCACCAUGAAGCCGCACGCGGCGGUGGGGUCCCCCUAAGGCGCGCUCUUGAAGAAUACAGGCUCGACAUUCCGCAGAAGAUUGCGUUGUGUCAUGCCGUCGCACGCGGGUUCUGGCAGUCGUAUGAGACGAAGAUGAUGCUGGCGAGGUGGUCCGAUACCACCAUCUGGCUUAUGCCAAACUCCGACAACCCGGCUGACCCGCUGCCAUGCAAAGUCUUCAUCUCAAUCCCCUUCACCCUCACUGAGCACGAGUUGGAGGAGUUUUCGACCAGGGACCUGAUUCACCGAUGUCCCCGGAUUUUUUCACUGGGGGUUCUGCUCCUGGAGAUUUGUCUGAGAAGGUCGAUUCAGACGCCCCAGCUCCAACAAGAUGCAACGGGCUUUGUUCGCGAUAUGAACAAAACCUUCCGCACCAUCUCGAAGCUCUUCGACGAAUUUCAAGACGACAGCUGGACAGGGUACACGGGCAAGUUUGUCCUGAACCAGGCCUUUGAUGCGUGUGUCCGAGGAGGUAUCUUCAAGUUUCACACCAGCAUGGACAUUUUGGAGAGACGGAAGAUUCUGAAACAAAGGGUUGUGACGCCGCUGGAGUGGCUGGCGAGUUCGCUGCCCAGCAAUUACAAGCGCAGCAACCACUGCGAGAGAAAAGAUCGUUCGGAACCACCGCCGCCUGCCGACAGCCCGACUUUCAACAGCCCUAACUCUGCCGACAAGCCACCUCCAGGCUCUCAAACCUCCGCUUCGUUUCAUCUUAGAGGUGUCGGGAAGUCCCAAGAGUGGAUGAGCAAACUACGAGGCAUGAGUGUUGAGCUUCGAAACAGUGGACUGAGACCCACCCGUGUGGCGAUACUAGAUACGGGAUGCAAGCUCGCGACGGAAUACUUUCAGGGCCAUAAGAAGCGACAAGCCCAGAUCAAGGGAUACAAGGAUUUUGUCACCGACUCCGAGGGGCCUCAGUUUAUGAGCGACUCAGACGGGCAUGGGACUUUCAUGACUACUCUCGUGACAAAAGCCACACCGUUCGCGGACAUUUAUGUCGCGAAAGUGACGGAAAAAGAUCUCAAUACCUCCGGCACUGCAGAUAGGAUCAGCAAGGCCUUGAGAUGGGCGGCCACCGACAAUGAGUGCAGCAUCAUCUCGAUGUCUUGGGGACACGACGACGAGGACAAGGUCAUUGAGGAUGCCGUGAGGAAAGUACUCGGUGAUAGAAAGGGUAAGAUAGUCUUCCUCGCCGCCGCGGGCAACGACGGCCUUUACCAAGGCGCGACCACCCCCGCAAAGCUGGAGACUGUGUUCUCGAUACGCUCGGCCGACUCCAAUGGGAACCCCAGCAGCACGAAUCCCCCGUGGGAGGAGCCAUACACGAACCUAUCACUCACCGCGAUCGGCCAAGACGUUCCAGAGAGGCUUUGUGAAUACAUUCCCGAUACGCGUAGGGCGGGCUCUUCGGUCGCUACGGCGGUGGCAGCGGGAAUCGCUGCCCUUUUGCUUUCGUACGCUACAUACCUCCAUGAGCAAUACCCGGAGGAAUUGGAUGCCAGCUCCCUCGAGGAACUACGAAAAAAGGACGGUAUGGCGAACCUGUUUAAUCAUAUUUCCAAGCCGCGGGGCCCUGGAUUGCGCUUGAUCUGUCCCGAGAUACUCUUUAUCUACGACCGAAACACGGGAAAACAAAGGGCCCACACGUUCGCAUUGCUCGCGUCGGGCAACAGAAUUGUGAAUGUUUCUGAGACCACCGGAAACCCAAGCCUCAUCAUCCCCAAUCGGGUGGACUUGGACGUUCUCCAAUCGCUGGCUGAUGUCCUGCGCGAGGAUCUGGGGGUCGACCUCCAGGUACUCAAGCUCCGACUCGCUGGAUGUCCCCGUCAUAAAGGUCGCCUUGUGAGCAAACAUCUUUUGGCUCACCAUGCCGUCGCGUUUGUUGCGGAUGACAUCCACCCGACAGAGGGUGUGGGGUGGGCUGCCUCAGUAGAACCGGCACUGGGCCUCACUACGUGUGAAGACGCACUGCUCAUGGACAUGACAUCAGCCGUAGAGGUUGAACGGAUAAGGGGACGAGCCCUGACGAACGAAGGAGAGACGACGGGGGAUGAGUUAGGGCUAGGUUGCACCACGGCGGAGCUGCUCGAAAGCCUUCCGGACACCACCGGCGAAGAGGGCGCAACAGAUGGGAUGACAGUAGAAGAUGCCACCGACGAAGGCACGACAGAGGGAGUUGAAGACGGAGUGACAACAGAAGACGAUGGCACAGCCGACCCAGCCGCACUGGACACCGUCGUACUCACCACGCUCGUAACGCACCAAGUCGUAGCCAGCACAUCACCGCUCAACCGGUUCUAA